AAGUAAAUUAGAUUUAAGAUGCUGAAGUUCUGAAGACGACCAGCGCAGCCAUCAACUGAUGCAGUACCUCUACGCUCAAUGUCGACGGUUAUCUGAAAAUUUUGAGGCUAAUGCAUCACAAUUUGAUUUCGAUUUCCUUCAGCAACGCUAUGAGGACAUCUAUAACAUCUUAUUACGAGCUCAACAAACGGAAAUAUUCACUGAUAUCGAUGACAUCUUGGACAGCGUAAAGAUAGUACUUUGCUUCCUAGAGGAAAAAAAUAACCACACUGGUGGAUUUAGACCUGCAAUGAUCACAUCUGGUGGCCGAGGACGGCCAUCGUGGGACAUUUCAGAAGAUCAACUAAAGUACUUGUUAGAGUACAAUUUCACAGUCCGUGAAAUUGGGGAACUGUUAGGUGUUAGCUACAGCACUGUACGAAGAAGGAUGGCUGACAGCAAUCUCUCUGUCAGAAUGAAUUACAGCAACAUCAGCGAUGAGGAUCUCCAAAGAUUGGUGUGCAGUUUUAUCCAGGAGUGUCCUGAUUCUGGAAUCAAAACCGUCCUAGGAUAUCUUAAUAGUGUUGGACUAAGAGUGCAGAGAUCCAGAGUAAUGGAAACAAUGAGGGUGGUGGAUCCAGUGGGCACCAUCUGUCGUGGCAUUGGCAUUAAUAUCAUACAGAGAAGAGUUUACUCUGUACCAUCACCCCUGGCACUGUGGCACAUUGAUGGCAAUCACAAAUUGAUACGGUGGAGAAUUGUGAUUCACGGUGGCAUAGACGGAUACAGUCGUAAGAUAAUGUUCCUCACUGCCAGCAGUAACAACCGAUCUAGCACAGUUCUUCAAGCCUUCCUGGGAGCUGUGCAGAAGUUUGGCUUGCCCAUCAGAGUCCGAAGUGACAAAGGAGGAGAAAAUGUUGAAGUAGCUCGAUAUAGUAUGUUAGAACAUCCUGAACGAGGGGGAGAAAGAAGAAGUUUUAUAACGGGACGCAGUGUCCAUAACCAAAGAAUUGAGAGGCUGUGGAGAGACGUUUGGUGUGUUGUCACCGUGAACUACCGCUAUGCCCUGGAGUAUCUGGCUGACACUGCAGCUUUGAAUCCUGAUAGUGAACUGGAUUUAGCAUGUAUUCAUUUCAUAAUGCUGCCCAGACUAAAUCGGCAUUUAGAACUGUUUUCUGUGGCUUGGGACAGACAUUCCCUAUCCACGGAGCAAGGCAGAUCACCUCAACAGUUGUGGAUUAGGGGUCAGUUACUGGCAAACACCUCCAUAACUGACCCUUCCAGCGAGCAGAUUGACGAAGAUCGCUAUGGGGUUGACUGGGAAGGACCAACCCCAUUGGAUACAGACGAUUGUGUGAUCAUUCCAGACACACCAGAAAUUAUCAGAAGACAGGUUUCCAUGCUCCUUCAGGAAAGAAUUGACCCUCUGAGGGACAGCCACUGUUUUGGAAUGGACAUCUGUUUGGAAGCCUUGCAGUUGGCAAGGCAGACAUUUCUACAUUUUUCAUAACUACAUUUGGUUUUGUGUAGUGUGAGUGUGUGUGUGUGU